UCCUCGCUUCCUAUGUUGUUUUGAGGCAACCCUGCAUCAUUGACGCAGCUCCGAAAAAACACCUUAACGAGCAGAUGGCCCGUACUGGGCCUACACUCCAUAUGGGGCAUGGUGGCCGAAAUAAUGUAUAUAACCCUCCAUGCACGUCUCUCCAUGAUUUUGGGGGUGGUUUCGGUAGUGCGCCUCUUUCUCCGCAACUACCCAUCAGAUAUAAUACGUGAUUGAGAGGUCCAGCAAAACUUCAAGAUGGAGAACAGCACAAAGUCAGCAAGUCCAAGCCCGCCAAUGGAGAAUGCCAACGACGACCUGGCAACACUCGUCUCAAUCGACAUUGGCGACGAACGAAUAUCCCAGGAAACACUCCGGAACGGACGGAACCUGAUGGAAGACUCGGGCCGUCGUCCAUCGAUGGCCGCCCAGCGCACGGUGAAUCCGCCACGCUUGAGCAUGUCGAUCCUCAACCGCGCGCUGCCUGCAUUGCCGUUCGGACUUUUCAGGCAAUCGACGGAUGGCAAUGAUAUAGGUCUCCCGCCGCCGUACGAGCCUGGCAGUCAGCCGCCGCCUGAAUAUCAUUCGAGCGAGAAUGUAAAUACGGAUAACAAUUUCGAGUCUUCUGAGCUGGGCAAGAUCAAGCCGUUUGGGUUGCGAUGGUGGACCGUCGGGACGAUUUUUGCUGGCAUCCAGGUUUUCGGCACUUUACUGCUGCUUUUAACCCUCGCCAAAGUCUCGACCGACCCCGGCCGGCUGUCUGUCGCUGGCGUCAUUCUCCCAUUUGUAUAUGUUUUCUUUGCGGCGUAUGGGAAAGUGGCAAUCAACAGGGAUCGCUCCAAUGGCAAAUCAAUAUACCUGGUCGUCUACGUCUUGCGCUGGCUUACGGACCUCAUCGGUCUCUCGCUGAUCAUCCGAGUAGCCCUGCUGGCAUCCGACGCCGAUGAAUCCACGACCUUGUUUCGGAAUUUGCAAACUGAGAGCACCACCGAAUCUCAGCCAACGAUCGACUGGACAACCGAGUUUGGCCGGUUUUGGGUGGUGGGCAUGCGACUGGCGCAGUAUGGUGAGCUGGAGAAUACUUGUGCCCCAGGCCGAUGUACCUGGAGGGCUGGGGUUUAUAGCGCUCUGCUUGUCAUUCACUUUGUUCUCGGGCUCCUGAUUGCCUUCCGCCUUCGCGAGGAGUUCCGCCAUCAGCGUCAAACGAAGACCAUCCAGGAUCCCGAAUCCCAUGACCACAGACAUGUCGAUACCAUCAUGGAGGAAGUCGGAGAUCACGCCUUCUUCUCUUCAUCUACAUACCGCCGGUCCGCAAUUGCAAGUCCCUAUGGCGACCCCCUGGGCCUCUCGCCCGACAUGAGCCACGAUCUUAACAGCAGCCAAACCGCAUUCCUACAAGAUGAGUUGCUCAACCGAGUCCGACCCGGCUCCUUCGCCGUGUCCCAGUCUCCCAUUCUCCCUGCAACCUUUCACGCCGGCGUAGCGAUGUCGCCUCUCAUCUCGCCGGCCGUCUCGCCCACGCGCCGAUCCGGGGUCGUGCAUUUCGACUGGGAGUUAUUCCGCUCGCGGGCGUACGUGUACGAUACAGACGUUGCUGUGAGGAAUGGAACGGAUGUACCGGAGGAUGAGCGCCCGUUGAGCUGGAUUCUGCAUGGUAUUGGAGAGCAACGCAGGCGCGAGUCAGCUGUGUUGUGUUCGGACCCGGUGGACAUGGAUGUUACUGACUCGCCGAUUGAGAGAGAUAACGCGGUUGACGAUGCGCUGGCGGUGGAGGAAGAGGACGCUCGACCUUUGAGUGAGGUUCUGCAUCAGAUUGCAUCGAGGAGGACGCGUCGGGCGACUCGUCAGACCGUCCCGUUCGCGUCGAUGUGCCAGGAAAAGGGACCCUUCUGUCUGCCGUGAUCUCCCAAAGAUGACAGUUGGGCGCUAGCUGUGAGGGAAAGCACAUGUACAGUAUGUAUAGGACGAAAGGUUUCGAAAUGUUUGUACAAAGCAAAACCGAUGGA